UUCCAUGGCCCUCUUGGCCAUGUAAAUGUGCCCGGGCUACAUAUUGAAUAUGAGUUUGUCCACGAUGUAAUAAGGACACAUCACUGUAAACUAGCAGGUUUCACGUCGGCAGCAGGAACUUGUUAAGACAUAGACCAGGGUCAGGUUCCUCUGUUACGAGCUAUGAAUUGAAAUGCAAAGGAGGGUUUAAGCAGGUGGUCCCUCCGAGGGUUUUGUCAUGUUCAGCACAGACGACAUAAAUGGCUGCAAAACUCAUAGCGGGCUAGCGAGAGUGGCAAUAGAUGCCCUUCAUACAACUCACAGAAUUGGCACAAUUAUGUUGAAAGAAUGUCUGCCAUGGAGUCGCCCCGCUGUUUGAGGCGAGUUUCUCGCUUGGGAUCUGUUGAUGUCUGAGGUGCUGGAGGGACGACAUUGUGGCUGACUGGAUUGUAGCAUGUGCUCGAGUGGAUUUCACUGAGCAAUCGAGGAUUGUGAAUUAGUCUCUCUCAAAUGGGCUACUCAGGCUUCGUCCAGAAUGUAUGAGUUUUUCAUGCUGUUCAUUUGAGGAGCAGCAUGAACACGGUUAUGAUUUGGUGGUAAGAUUCACUUGGAAGGCAAAAUGGCUAAGCCUCCAUCGGGUUUGAAGCUUCAGCUUCUCGUUCUGCAGUGGAAAAGGCUGGCAACAGCGAACCCACGAGGCGUAACAAACAGCGUGCUAGCCAGUGAUGGAGUCAAUCGAUUCCACAAGUUUCCUGAUACAGUGGACCUCAGCUCUGCCUCCACGGCAUCGAAUUUUGUGAGGGCCUCGAUUGCUGCAAAUGCAUCCCUCAUUAUUGAAGGUUGCCUUGGGAGGUCGGAAUUUGCGCCACCGGACCUUCUUCAUAAGCGCUGUUUCUGCAGCAGCACUGCGAACGCAGUUGCUCACGUCCCUGGGAAAAGCAACCGGAGAUAUAAUAAACCGAUCAAAGCUAGCACAUUUCCGAAGAAGGUUCCAUUCACGGGAGUUACCACAGGAUUUCAGCGGCUGGCGUUGCAGAUAAGUUCAAUACUCGACGAAGGUGGAGACGUGGAAACUGAAUUUCAGCGAAUGAAAUUAUGGCCAACUCCCGCACUGGUGGUCGAAGUACUGAAGUUCCAAGAAGACCCUGCUAAAGCUAUGAGGUUCCUCAGAUGGGCCGAGAAGCAAGGAUGCUUUGUCAGUGCUGGUUAUGUUUACAACGACAUGACACGCAAACUUCUGGAUUGUAGGAAACUGAAAACCGCGAUGGCUCUGAUGCAAGAAAUGAAAGAGAGGAAGUUGAAGCCUGCUGGGUCAAGUUAUGCAGAACUUGCUGUGCAGCUUUGCAAAUCGAACGACUUAGAGGCAGUAGAGAAAGUGAUUGCAGACAUGAAGGCAAGUGGCCACAAACCAGAUUUAUAUGUCUACACCGCACAAAUGCGGAGCUUUGUGAAGGAUGGCCGAGCUGACGAUGCACGAAAGCUUCUGGUGGACAUGAAAGAGUCCAAAGUACAACCAGAUGGUUUGACCUACGAUUUUCUGAUCAGAGUUCUUGCCAAAGCAAGCCUGUCGAAGCAACCGGAUGGUAGAUUGCUGGGAAAAUCUCUCCCAGCAGACAAUGAGUUGCAGAGGAAGUCUGCCGUUGAGCUGGAGAAGGCCUUCAAAUACUUGGAGUUGAUGAAGAAAAAAGGCUACAUUCCUCACGUUGAUACUUAUAACUGCUUAAUCAACCUGCUGGGCAAAACAGGUCAAAACCAGAGGGCUUGGGCGCUACUGCAGGAAAUGAAGGAAGAUAACUGCUUCCCUGAUGUGGUUACCUAUAACUCCCUUAUCGGAAAUUUCCAAAAGGCAGGACAAUGUGCAGAAGCUUGUGAGCUCUUUGACGAGAUGAAAGCCAACGGCUGUCAACCUAACGUGAUAACUUACAGUAUCAUGUUGAAUGUGGUCGCUGGAAUGGGGAAUCUGCAACAAGCUUGUGAUCUCUUUGAGGAGAUGAAAACCAAGGGUUGCAAACCCAACGAGGUGACCUACAGUACUUUGAUCUAUGCCCUUCAGAAAUCAGGUCGAGCUGAGGAUGCAUGGAAGCUGUACCAGGAGAUGAGGGACGGCAUCCAUACCUUCACUUUGGUUACGUAUGUUUCUCUGAUACAUGCGUUUUGCAGGGCUGAGGAGAUGGAGGAGGCUUAUCAACUGUUUGAAGAGAUGAAAGCGAGAUGUGGUGUGGCGAAUGUAAUCACAUAUAAUAUAAUGAUAGAUGGCUUCAAGAGGGCGGGGCAGUGGAUGAAGGUCUUCUCUUUGUUCGAAGAAAUGAAGCAGAGAGGCACUCCUCCAACUGAGAUAACAUACAACUUGGUCUUAGAUGCUCUGCACAAGGCUAGCUGCUGGGAGAAAAUUUUGGAGGUAUUUGAAGAGAUGCAGCAGGCCUGCACUAUAUCUAGAGUCUUUGCCUACAACUUGGCUGUGGAUGCGAUGGUUAAAAUCAGCCACACUUCUCAGGCUCGUCAACUGCUGCGCAAACUGGAAGUGGAAGGUCCUGCACCUGAUCUGGUGACUUACAAUUGUGUGGUAAAUGGACUCAUCAAGGAGAAUCAGCUGGAGGAGGCUCAAAGGCUUGUCAACGACAUGAAAUCGAAGAACGUGACUCCAAAUCAAAUUACGUACAGCUGCCUCAUUGAUGGAUUCGGAAAGGCUGGGAAAUGGGAGGUUGCGGGUUCAUUAUUGGAGGAGAUGAAGCAGGCCGGCUGCACGCCAAACAUUUUCACUUGUAAUACGUUUUUGAAUGCUCUGUGCAAGGAUGACAGACUGGAUACAGCCGUGCAAUUUUUCGAGGAAAUGGAGAAGAAAGGCUGUACGCCGGAUGUUGUUAGCUACAACUCCCUCAUUGAUGGCCUGUGUCGUGCGGGAUCAUUGAAGGAGGCAGGUGAGCUUUUUGAACAGAUGAAGGAGAAGAACUGUCGAAGAGACGUCAUAACGUACAACACCUUAGUGAAGGCAUACGGGAAUGAAGGCAAGGUCAAAGAGGCAUGGGACCUGUAUCUUGAGAUGAAAAAAAACGAUUGUGUGCCCGACACGUACACGUACAAUUCCUUGUUACAGGCACUUCUGAAAACUGAGAAUGUGAAGGAAGCCUGCAACCUUGUGAGGGAAAUGCAACAGAUGGGCCACACACCCAAUGUCAUCAUGUACAACUCCAUACUCUCUGGUCUAGGUAAGUUGGGUCACAUAGAUGCCGCCUGGAAGCUUUUCGAGGAAAUGAGGACAAGUUGCACACCCACUGUAUGCACCUAUAACUGUCUGAUCGAUAUCUUUCACAAGGGCGGACAAUUAGGCGUAGCUUUCAAGCUUUUCGAAGAAAUGAAACAGGCCGGCUGCACUCCAGAUGUUUACACUUAUAGUUCUCUAAUCACGGGUUUACAAAAGGCAGGUCAGUUGGAGGAAGCUCAUAGCCUUUUCAGAGACAUGCAGGCUGUGGGUUGUGUUCCCAAUGUGGUCACUUACAACGCCCUCAUCCACGGCUAUUGCAAGGCAGGGAAAAUAGAAGAGGCUCAAAAGCUGGUCGAAGAAAUGAGUCAAAGUAACUGUCCCCCGAACCAGAUAACAUAUAAUUAUUUGUUUGACGUCCUUAUGAAAGAAGGUCAGCUGGAGAGGGCCGGUGAACUUCUUAAAGGAGCCUGGAAGGGGGCAACAUAGAAUGAAGAAGCAGCUACAAUUGAUGUAGAAUACAGUUUUAGGAAGCAAAUGAGUUUCAAUUUUGACCGAAAAAAUAUUCGAUCCUGCAUUUCGAACUU